UGAAACACGAUUUUUGGUUACAAAUGUGCGAUGUGAAUGUCACCAAUUUCAAUAAACACAUUUUUCAAUCAGAACUAUUUCCUAUUGACAUGUCAAAUAUCGACAUAGUCGUGAAGCAGGGUAACAAUGAUCUAUAUGGUUUGCUGAGUUGUUCACCUAUCGUGAACAUGUGGCUUAUGACGUCUGACGAUGCUGCAUUAGCAUCAGAUAUUUUACCCGCAUUCAGUAAAUUAAAAAUUCUUUAUUUAUAUGGAACUUAUACAAGCUAUUUUGCCAUCCAGCUGCCAGCAUCGUUACACUGUAUCAGUCUUCAGACUGGUGAAUGCACAUCUAAGUGGCUGUGCAGCUUGUUGAUCAAUCUUUCUGCAUUAGGUCAUCUUGUAAAGUGUGAGCUGUGGAACUUUGUACUGCAAUCACAUGAAGAAGAUUGUGACGCUGAUUCGAAUAUACAUGAAUGUGACCUGCGUUCUAAACUAUUGGCAUGUGAUAUGUCUAAUAUUGAGAUAUUAGUAGACAGUGGCAGCAAGGAAAUAUUUGAAAUAUUUCGUGACACAAGUAUAGGGAUCCUAGGCUUGAGAACUGCUGAUUGUGUUUCACUUACAUCAGACAUUCUUCCCACACUCAUUAAAUUAGAAGAGCUUUAUUUAUGGGGGACCUUUAUGGGUCGAUGUGAUCUCAAGAUGCCUUCAUCAUUGAAACGUAUCAGUCUUAGGGCAGGCAAAUGCUCCUCUAAGUGGCUGUGCAGCUUGUUAAUCAAGCUUUGUGCAUUAGGUCAUCUUGUAAAGUGUAAGCUGUGGAGCUUUGUACUGCAAUCACAUGAAGAAGAUUGCGACGCUGAUUCGAAUAUACAUGAAUGUGACCUGCGUUCUAAACUAUUGGCAUGUGAUAUGUCUAAUAUUGAGAUAUUAGUAAAAAAUGGCAGCAAAGAACUAUUUGAAAUAUUUCGUGACACAGGUAUAGGGAUCCUAGACUUGAGAACUGCUGAUUGUGUUUCACUAGCAUCACAAAUUCUGCCCACACUCAGUAAAUUAAAAAAACUUCUAUUAUGGGGGACCUUUAUGGGUCGAUGUGAUCUCCAGAUGCCUUCAUCUCUGAACUGUAUCAGUCUUCAGACAGGCGAAUGCUCAUCUGAGUGGCUGUGCAGCUUGUUGAUCAAGCUUUCUGCAUUAGGUCAUCUUGUAAAGUGUGAGCUGUGGAACUUUGUACUGCAAUCACAUGAAGAAGAUUGCGACGCUGAUUCGAAUAUACAUGAAUGUGACCUGCGUUCUAAACUAUUGGCAUGUGAUAUGUCUAAUAUUGAGAUAUUAGUAAAAAAUGGCAGCAAAGAACUAUUUGAAAUAUUUCGUGACACAGGUAUAGGGAUCCUAGACUUGGGAACUGCUGAUUGUGUUUCACUAGCAUCACAAAUUCUGCCCACACUCAGUAAAUUAAAAAAACUUCUAUUAUGGGGGACCUUUAUGGGUCGAUGUGAUCUCCAGAUGCCUUCAUCUCUGAACUGUAUCAGUCUUCAGACAGGCGAAUGCUCAUCUGAGUGGCUGUGCAGCUUGUUGAUCAAGCUUUCUGCAUUAGGUCAUCUUGUAAAGUGUGAGCUGUGGAACUUUGUACUGCAAUCACAUGAAGAAGAUUCCGACGCUGAUUCGAAUAUACAUGAAUGUGACCUGCGUUCUAAACUAUUGGCAUGUGAUAUGUCUAAUAUUGAGAUAUUAGUAGACAGUGGCAGCAAUGAACUAUUUGAAAUAUUUCGUGACACAAGUAUAGGGAUCCUAGACUUGAGAUCUGCUUAUUGUGUUUCACUUACAUCAGACAUUCUUCCCACACUCAUUAAAUUAAAGAUGCUUUAUUUAUGUGGGACCUUUAUGGGUUGAUGUGAUCUCCAGAUGCCUUCAUCAUUGAACUGGAUCAGUCUUAAGACAGGCGAAUGCUCAUCUGAGUGGCUGUGCUGCUUGUUGAUCAAGCUUUGUGCAUUAGAUCAUCAUGCAGUUUGUCAUCUGUCGAAAUUUGUAGUACAAUCUCGUGGAGAGGAUUUGGGCGCUGACCCCAAAAGACAUGCAUCUCACUGGCAAUCUAAACUAUUGAAAUAUGACAUGUCUAAUGUUCAUAUAUUAGUAAAACAUGGCAGCAAGGAACUGUUUGAAAUAUUUCGUGACACAAGUAUAGGGAUCCUAGGCUUGAGAACUGCUGAUUGUGUUUCACUUACAUCAGACAUUCUUCCCACACUCAUUAAAUUAGAAAAGCUUUAUUUAUGGGGGACCUUUAUGUGUCGAUGUGAUCCACAGAUGCCUUCAUCAUUGAACUGUGUCAGUCUUCAGACAGGCGAAUGCACAUCUGAGUGGCUGUGCAAAUUGUUGAUCAAUCUUUCUGCAUUAGGUCAUCUUGUAAAAUGUGAGCUGUUGAACUUUGCAGUGCAAACACGGGGAGAAGACAGCGGUGCUGAUUUAGAUAAACAUGGAUCUCACAUAAGAUCUAAACUAUUGUCAUGUGACUUGUCUAAUUUUGAAAUAUUAGUAAAACAUGGCAGCAAGGAACUGUUUGAAAUAUUUCGUGACACAAGUAUAGGGAUCCUAGAUUUGAGAACUGCUGAUUGUGUUUCACUAGCAUCAGAAAUUCUGCCCACACUCAGUAAAUUAAAAAAGCUUCUAUUAUGGGGGAUCUUUGUGAGCCAAUGUGAUCUUCAGCUGCCAGCAUCGUUAGACUGUAUCAGUUUUCAGACAGGUGAAUGUUCCUCUGAGUGGCUGUGCAGCUUAUUGAUCAAGCUUUCAGCAUUUGGUCAUCUUGUAAACUGUGAGCUGUGGAACUUUGUAGUGCAAUCAUAUGAAGAAGAAUGUGACGCUGAUUCAUAUAUACAUGGUUCUGACCUGCGUUCUAAACUAUUGGCAUGUGAUAUGUCUAAUAUUGAGAUAUUAGUAGACAGUGGCAGCAAGGAACUAUUUGAAAUAUUUCGUGACACAGGUAUAGGGAUCCUAGACUUGAGAACUGCUGAUUGUGUUUCACUUACAUCAGACAUUCUUCCCGCACUCAUUAAAUUAGAAAAGCUUUAUUUAUGGGGGACCUUUAUGGGUCGAUGUGAUCUCCAGAUGCCUUCAUCAUUGAACUGUGUCAGUCUUCAGACAGGCGAAUGCACAUCUGAGUGGCUGUGCAGCUUGUUGAUCAAUCUUUCUGCAUUAGGUCAUCUUGUAAAGUGUGAGCUGUGUAACUUUGUACUGCAAUCACAUGAAGAAGAUUGCGACGCUGAUUCGAAUAUACAUGAAUGUGACCUGCGUUCUAAACUAUUGGCAUGUGAUA